AAGACCUAUCUUCAUUGUAACAACAUAUUGUAAAUUGUUGAAGCGAAAUUAGCUAAGUUUUAGAAGUUAAAAGGAGUAUUCAAAUAUGGGUGCCUAUAAUCAGUUUCUCUACUUUUGCAAUAUCUCGCGCAUCAAAUUCCUCGCACGCCCACGCCAGCCCAUUUUUGUUGAUACUAUACGGAGAUAUAGCAAGGAAAAUUAUGAUCAUCAUGCAGAAGAGAAAGCACCAACCACAGCUGAAGAAUUCACAAGAGUUGCUGAAGAAAUGGCUGAGGAAAAACAACAUCAAGGCUUUAGAAGCCAACCAGUGGACAAAGCACAAGAUGCCAUAAAAGAAGCUACAACAACAACUGAUUCUACUUUUGAAUCUCUCAAGGAAAGUUACAAACAGACUACUGGAAAAGAUAAUUUUCAUAAGAAAGGUGAUGAUGAUGACUCUAAUGAUCUACUUAAAAGUAAUCCACAAGACCAAAUCAGUAGUUAAAUAUCAGAGUUUGUUUUUUUUUUAAAAAAAAUUGAAAUUAGAGUUGUAAUUAACCUAGUGGUGCACCUUUUUU